AUGGUGACUCGGUCAUCAGAAAAUUCAACUAGAUUUCUGCUCAGUGGAUUAUCUAACAUGUGCGGUGGAGCAGGUGAGAGUUUUAACUUUGAUGUAAGCUUACGUGAAUGUUUUACUUGCCAACAGAACUUGCGAAUAAACUUAAGCUUACUCAAAACAGAUCGAAAGUCACUGUUGUUGGCCAGUGACUCGGUUAUGUUUUGGGUACGGUGGGAAGCUUUUUCUACUUUCUUUGGCGUGUCUCAUGCAUCCCACAUUUGUACCCUUAUCCGCGAGUGCAGGUAAAACCACCUGAAAACUGUUCAUCGUUGUGUUGAGGUAACUUAUAAAAGCAUAACAGCUCCAUCUGAAAAAAAAAUUGUGGAUAAUCAGAUAAUGGGAUGAAGACACUAUUGGUCCUGUUUAUUUAUCUGUAGCAUAUGGCGACCUGUUCUCUGAGAGCUGUAUAACUUGGCCGUAUAACUUAGAACCAUUCCCAUGGGGGACCUACAAUUAUCGACCCCAAUGCUCAGAUAUGAGGAACGGGCAUUAGAGACCAUUAGGAAAUUUAUUGGGGGGCUGGGGAAUUUUUGAGGCGCAGGGAUUUUUUUUCGUUAUCAAAUUCCUAGUAUGAAUUUUUUUUUUAGGCCGUAGCAUGAAGAUUUUUAGGGUUAAUUGGCGUGCAUGAAUUUUUUUUCAUCUAAUUUUCCGUUGUGCGAAUAUUUUUUUGUACUUCACUUGCCACCACCCCCUAUAAGUUUUCUAAUGGUCCGUCCCUUAGGGGGAUAAAGUCAAUAAGCCUAUGGGCAUUGUUUCCUAGGAACAAACAUACCCUGUCCAGUUCUUAUCCCUUAACAACAUUACAACAGGGGAUUAGGACACAACACGAAAAGAUGGACUGUAGACUCUUUUGUUGUAAACAAAUCCUCCAUCAGCCCAGAAAUAGCCGAUUGGUCAAUAUAAUGUUGGCAGGUCAUUGACUGGUAUGUGGGGAAGUCUGGUGUGAGAGAGCAAGUGAUAAAAACUGUCAUGUGUCACAACUAGAAAUAAUAACCAACUGUGUGGUAAUCACAGAUAAGCAAAAAAGCGUUUAAGGAUGUCUUCCUUAAGAAGAGCGGAAGGAGACUGUUGUAAUUUCCUCAAUGGAAUGGAAGUCAUGGCAAUCUUAGAGGCUUUAAAAUGUGUAAUUUCUCAGUUUUUUUAUGUUGUAUUGUAAAUAGGCCUUUUGUGAUCAACUUUCGGUAAACACAAAAGCAGUUUGCUUUUGAACUACUAUUUUGUUAGCACAAGCUGAAACAGCAUAUUAAAAUUAGGUAACCUGUAAAUUUUCAGCUGUAUAUCUCAAAAGUGGUGAUUGCAAUGGCCACCGAAAAUUAGAAGGAUUUGUAUGAGAAAAACAACUCUUGCCACCCAACAUGCUUGAGUGGUUUUCCGUACAACUCCUUGUAAAUUAUGAAUCUUUUAAAUUGUUGUUAAAUCUUUCCCUUAUGCACUCAAGAGCUCAAUGUGCCUGUCAUGAAUUAAAAGGAGGUUUGAGCCCUUUAAUGCUUGAGGAAAUAUUUCACAACAGUUUGAAAAUUUUGAAAUUUACAAGGAUUUGAACAUGGCUUUGAAAUGGGGGGACUCAAGACGAGAGGAAAUGGUGACAAACAAAAUGAAGAUGGGUUCAAAACCCAAAAAGAUCUUAUUUGAAAUUUAGACUAGGGACAUGUCCACGGCGGGUGGAGGGUGAGGGGUGGGACUCUUAGGGGUGUAAAUUUAGGACUUUUGGUCUCACUUAGGGUGUUCUGGUCAAAACGCCAUAAUGUUUAGCCGUGAAGGUCUCGUUUAGGGUUGCACACGAAAAAUACAAUAAUAUAUAUUUGAGGUGUAUGUUUUUAAUGCAUUUUAAUUACUCCAUUCAUAUAAGCCAAGUUUUCUCAUUUGUCUGUGUUUUAACGUGGCCUCUUUUAGGGGUCAAAAAAAGCCUUGGCCAUGCCCAGAUUGGUCUCCUUUAGGGUUUUAAUUCAAAAUUUCUGACGAGCAUCUUCAUCCCUUUCAUAUGUGGGGUCGCCCCCCCGAGGACAUGUCCUGCCCCUCACACAUGCUUUCAAACUGUGACUCAAAAGAAAAACAAGAGACAGUUUGCAGUCUAGCUCCCGCUGGGUAUCCCAAUAAAAAUGACAAUAAUCGAAAAAUAGCAAGAGCGCUGAGGGGGCUUUUUUCUUCCCCUCCCCAGCUUCCAUACGAGACAAGGAGGCCUCUGCGGAGGACAGAGCCCCCUCCACUUUAUUGUUAAAUUAAAAGGUGUGCUUCUUUCAAAUUAAGACAGUAACAUUUCAGUCAUUUUGAAUAGCCAUUCUAUUUUUAUCUUGCAGUCACAAAUCCUAUAGAUGUCAUAAAAAUUCGCAUGCAGCUUGAGAAUGAACUGGGCUCAAAACACAGCAGUAGGAAUAUUUUCAAGGACCGUUAUUACAAUGGAUUUAUAAGAGGUGGACUAAGAAUUUAUUCUGAAGAAGGACUUAGAGGUCUAUAUAAAGGGUAAGUGAAGUACCUUUUUUUGCUCCCAUUUUCCUUUUGCCUUCCUGUGCAAGUAACUGGUGUUCCUGUUCUUAGUAGCCAGGGGAAUCCCUGGCCCUUCUUUCUUAGUGACAGCCUUGAAAUGUUGAAUUUUAGCUGCUAUUUUAUUUUACCUUGAAUAUUUUCCCUUAAUCUUCAUAUUUUCAAUCACUUGUUUUUCUGAAAUAAGUAAUUUUUCCUGAGAAAAAAAAAAGGCCAUUCACUACUUCUCCUUAAAACCAGUCGGGUGAUAAAGGAAAUUUGUAAUAUUGCAGCAGCACCAAAGGGCUGCUUGAACAUAGCCUGCUUAGCAGGCGCUUGGAUGUAGUGGACGCAAGAAAGGAUGGGCGCGCAAGAGGGAGACACUUGGCCACCUGUUCUUUCUUGUGCCCACUACUUCCAAGUGCCUGCUACGCAGGCUAGCUUGAACACAACACUGCAUUCAUGCUUUUUUAGCAACAUAAACAGGUUUGCUUAUUUUGUUUUGGGCAAGUUUGUGCCCCCCAGCAUACAAACGUCUGUAAAAUUUCGCCACUUUGAGGAGUGUAUCUUCAUUAGUUUUCAACAAAUCACUUUCAAACUUGGCAAUUAUACUAAUUUUAAGGCGCUCUUUCCAGUGGUGUCGACGGAUUUUCCCUAACUUGUACAUGUCAAAAGUUGAAAAAAAAAAAACCAUGAAAAGGUUUAUCCCCCUAGAUAUCCUGGCACCUUGUACAAUUAUAAAUCGCUACAACUGAUCUCAUUUACAAAAGCCCUGACAGUACAGUAUUUAACUAACUAGUAGCCUGCGAGCAAGCUCUCCAUUUGGGGGAUCGUGAAAAGUGGACGCGGGAGAGGAGGCGCGGCCCCUCGCGGCUUCGCUGCUCGCUCGCGCGUUCUCGCGGCUUGCAUCGCCCGCCCAAAUAGGAGAGCUUGCUCGCAGGCGAACUAAGUAGUUAAUGGCUGAUGACUUUUUUGCAGGCUUGCGCCAUCUUUGAUGAGAGAAGGUUCUUACAGUACAAUUCGGCUUGGUGCUUAUGAGCCAUUAAAACUGCAGUUAGGAGCUACAGAUGUCGCCCAUACCCCCCUGUGGAAGAAGAUUACAGCAGGGGCUAUCUCAGGGACGAUCGGUAGCGCAAUAGCCACGCCUACAGACCUUGUCAAGGUGCGCUUUCAAGCUGUGGGGCCUGGAAAGAGAUCCGCGUGUCGGAACACUUUCCACGCAUUUUGGACAAUCGCGCGAAUGGAAGGCAUCAAAGGACUGUGGACCGGUGUGGGUCCGACAGUUCAACGUGCGGCCAUUCUAACAGCAGCACAGAUUCCUUCAUACGAUCAUACUAAGCAUACACUUUUAAACGCUCAGUUGAUGGAGGAAGGGCCCGCCCUUCAUGGAGUCUCAUCUGUCAUUGCUGGAUUUGUAACUGCUUGUAGUACGUCACCCUUUGAUGUGGUCAAGACUCGUAUGAUGAAUCAGAAGAAAGCUACAAGUGGAGUUCCACUAGCGUACAAGAAUUCUAUUCAUUGUAUAAUACAAAUUGUAAAGCAUGAGGGUGUUUUGGGACUUUAUAAAGGAUUUAUACCGAACUGGAUGCGAAUAGGACCUCAUACAAUUGUCACGUUCUUUGUCUUUGAAAGACUACGGCAUUUCGUUGGUAUGAGACCAGUGUAAACAAGAUAAAUAACAUACAAUGUAUUUAUUAAUCAUAACUAUAACAAAAUUGUCAAAUCUGAUUGGCUAUCAACUGCCCUGAUUUCAGCCUUAAUUGGACAGUUUAAUAGGACAUUA